AUGCGCAUUGCAUCAAUCUCCCUCAUCGCGUGUGCUCUCCUGGUUGCCUCUCCCGAGGUUGUGCUGGGUGCAGAGAAGACCAGCCCUGGCAAGACUGUCACACAGGGGACUAGUGCGAAGGCUCCUGCCAAUUCUGUGCCGGGUCAGGGUCAAGCUGGAGUCACUGCUGGCACGAAGACUGGUGCUCCGGUGACCAGCAGCAAGAAGGGUGGCACAGGCAAGAAGAAGGGUGGCAGCAACAAGAACAACGGUGCAGGCGGUUCCAGUAACAGUAGUGCUCCCUCUGGAUCAGGCACCGGCGCUGAGUCCUCUGGAAACACUUCUGGCACUGGCAAUGGACCGACCAAAACUACUGCGCCCUUCAAAACCAACAGCAUGUGCCCAACAGGCGUGCCGUCAUGCUCAACUCCAGCGAAGCAGAAUAAGGCGGAUUCCUGCUGCUACGAGGAGUACGGGCUGCAUGUUCUCUCGCAACAGUGGGUUGUGAACCAUGGUCCAGACGACAAAUUUACGCUGCAUGGCCUGUGGCCAAACAAAUGCAAUAACAACUCCGCUCCUAGUUCUGGUCGGCUAUCAGCAGCACUAGCAAUGACAAGUUCUGGACUGACGAGUGGAACAAGCACGACACUUGUACCACAACCCUUGAUCCCAAGUGUUUCGGGAGAAACUACUCCGAACCAGGGCAUCAUCAAGUACUUCUCCAACGCCAUCCGCCUCCACAUGCAAUACGACUAUGUGGCCGAUUUGGCGGCAAGCGGAAUUCACCCGGACAGCAAGAAUCCUGUCGAUCCAGCAAAGUUCAAGGCUGCAAUUAGGGCUAAGCGCAACAUUGAUGUGCGUCUCAGGUGUUCAGAAGCUGGCGGAAAGGAGACUCUGGAUGAGAUCUGGACCUACUUCAACGUGGAGCUGACAAGCAACUAUAUUCCUACAGCUGCCAAGGGCAAGGAUUCGUGCACUAAGCCCUUCUACUUCCCUGAGAAGCGACUAGCCGCCCCCGCUCCCUCUUCUUCCACACCAUCCUCGUCAUCUUCUUCCAAGCAGCCUGCUCAACCUGCACAGCCUGUGAACCCUGCACAACCACCUAAGCCUGCCAAAUCUACUAAGCAGACCAAGCCCGCUAAAUCCACGAAGCCUGCUAAAUCCACGAAGCCCGCUAAGCCCGCAGGUGGUUCAAAAUAA